UCACAGACCAAAAACAAGCAUGGCGACAGCCGCGAGGUUCUCUUGUGGCGAUGUUUCGGAGGGAACUAGUGCAGGAGAUGGAGCCGCCAGCGGUGGUGUUCCAGAAGCAAACACUUCUGGAGGAGAUGCGAACCAGAAACCCGUUUGUAUCAUAGUCCUUGGCAUGGCAGGCUCCGGGAAAACAACUUUUGUUCAGCGUGUCACAGCAUACCUGCAUGCCAGAAAAAGUCCACCUUAUGUCAUCAACUUGGACCCUGCCGUGCAUGAGGUUCCCUUUCCAGCCAACAUAGACAUCAGAGACACUGUCAACUACAAAGAAGUAAUGAAGCAGUAUGGCUUAGGCCCAAAUGGAGGUAUCGUCACGUCAUUAAACCUGUUUGCCACAAGGUUUGACCAGGUUAUGAAAUUCAUUGAGAAAAAGGAGACUAGUCAUGAGUAUGUUCUGAUUGACACACCGGGUCAAAUCGAAGUCUUCACCUGGUCAGCCUCUGGCACCAUCAUCACUGAAGCACUGGCGUCCAGCUUCCCCUGUGUGGUGGUUUAUGUAAUGGACACGUCGCGGAGUGUGAACCCUGUUACCUUCAUGUCCAACAUGCUCUACGCCUGCAGCAUCCUGUACAAGACCAAGCUGCCCUUCAUCGUGGUUAUGAACAAGACGGACAUAAUCGACCACAGCUUUGCGGUGGAGUGGAUGCAGGACUUUGAGACGUUUCAGGAGGCACUGAACCAGGAGACCUCGUACGUCAGCAACCUGACCAGGUCCAUGAGCCUGGUACUGGACGAAUUCUACGCCACCCUCAGGGUGGUAGGGGUGUCCGCGGUGACCGGCACCGGCCUGGACGAACUGUUUGUGCAGGUGGCCGAGGCUGCCAAGGAGUACGAGACCGAGUACCGGCCAGAAUACGACAGGCUUCACCGAGAGCUGGCUGCAGCCCAGAGUAGGAAGCAAGAGGAACAGAUGCAGAAGCUGCAUAAGGACAUGGGCUCCGUAGCCCUCGACCCUGCAGCUGCAGUCUCGGGUGACGCAGAGGUCAGUGGCCCAUGUGACUUGAUCUUCACACGAGGGAACCCAGACCAGGACAGUGACAUGGACAGUGACACAGACGACAUCGACCAUCAGACCACGGAGGAGAGCAAGGAAGGCCAGGCCUUCAAGAACUUCCUGACUGAGAGAAAGGAAGUGGUGACCGCCCGGAACAGGAAGCUGGAACAAUGAGCGCUGAACAGUGAACGAUCAGACUACACAACCUACAUGAAAGGUCACGACCCUUACGGUGACCCUAAAAAGCACUGGCGACCCUUCUGGCCCUACAAGCACCACCACUGAAUCCCACACUCUUGACUUUCAUUAUGGUGUCAGAUACCCUCUUAAGACCUCCUAAGAGACUAAUAACAGAUGACCCUUUGGACUGGGUGAAUAUUAUCUUCUAGAGAAAAAAGAGGACCUUUGAAGGUCAAAACUUGUGCACUGUUUACUGGCGUGUGUUGGGAUGAGGGUCGAAGCACUCAAAACCAAUGUCUUUGUCCAGUUCUCUCUCGGAGACCAUGUGAAAACCAACAACAAGAGUUUCUGAGAUUUGUGCGAGGGCAGAAUGUAGAGCAGACGGGUUCUAGAAUGCUCACUGAAAUUUCGGAACUGUGACAGUUGGUCCGUGUUGCAAGUUUGAGGGUUCUAAUUCAUUUCUAAAGCCUCACUGCAAGAUAACUUGUUGAUCAUGACUAAAGACAGUGCAAAGAAAGGCCCACAUGAAGAAUAUCUGGAAAAUGUGUGACAAGCACAAAGAUAGAGAAAGUUGACAUCAGUGCCUGGAAUGGAUUUGUUUGACUUUUUUGUUUUUUUGUUUUGUUAUGUUUUAAGUUGUGGUUCCAACAUUUACCUUGUGUGCACCUCAAACCGUGUAGAUACCUGGGCCUUUGAGUAUGUCCAAAGGGAGUAUGAUUAUGUGUUAAACAUCUACUGUGUAUUAUUUUGUAUAAAAAGUGUGGUGUGGAAACAUUCUCUAUAUUUGUAAAGCCACUCUUCUUUUCCUUCCAUUCUCAGAGAAAUAAAAUGAUUAUGAAUGUUGA